CACAAGUGGCCGGGAUUCUUUGCGGGCGGUGCAAGCGUGCCAAUCAGAUGGCGGCUUGUGGUGUGAGUGGUAAUCAUGUUGAGUCACAGUAAAACAGCACACAUGCACAGCAGUCUCGAAUUGCGAAAACAAAGUCAAACAAUCACGUAGCAGUCCCACCAGUGGUCAUGAAGUCAGACAGACAGGCACGGACAGACAGACAGAAGGCACAGCAGGCAGCCGGCUGUUUGAGCCAAUUCAUCAGAGAGGGAAGGGGUGGCAUACACUCACCUGUACGUACGUACUGCCUGUCUGGCCUUCCUUCCCUUGUCGGACAGUGAGUGCCAGGGGGUGGGUGGCUGUGUCUCAAGUCUCUGAGUGGACGAGGAGGCAUAUCAUAUGAUAUCGUACCGUGUCCACGUGCACUACUUGCUCAGAGACCACUGGACCGACCGACCAAGAGAAGGCAGGCAGGCACGGCAGCAAGGCCGACACACACGCAGUGCCCCAGCAAACAGCCAAGGAAGCGGUCAUAGGCAAAAAACGAGGACAUACAUCUGGGUGGUUCUGUUGUCGAUAAAAAUAAUGUGCGCCGUGUCCCUCGUUUCAUGUGUGCCUUGCCUGUGCAUCCAUCCAUCCAGCUAACAAGCCAAAGCAGCAGCCAAAAUAGGUGGGGCAACGAGUGAGUCUGGCUGGCUGGCUGGCUGCUAGAUACAGUUUCCUACUGCCUGACUCGGGAUGGGUCCACACCGUGCAAGGUGAGACAUUCCGACGGACGAAUAAGGAGUGAUGCCAAUCCAGGCAGAGGCAGGCAGGCAGGCAGAGCGGAGUGUAGUGGAGUGGGGUGAGCCUAUGGGCCAGCCAGACAUGGCUCGUGUCCCUUUCUUAGAAAAGGGUUGGUUGGUUUAUGUACACACAAAAGCUGAGAGAAACACUUCACGCAGCUCAGUUAGUCAGUGAGGAAGUGAGUGGGAAGUGUCACCAUGUAUGUAUGAGCCAGUCAGUAAACACGCACAAGAAACCACUCAUUCCCCCCCACACCACACCCACAUCGAUAGGUAGGGAAUGAGUGAGUGUGAGGGAGUGAGUCAGCAAUCGAUGCAGUCAGUCAGUCAGUCAGUAGACAUAUCGACACCCCUCCCUCCGCCCCUGCCCCUACGUUCGAUUGUAUCGAUCGUGCCGCGCCGCCGCCCGUGCGCUCGCUUCGCUUGGAAGCGUUCACAUGUGGCGCCGACUGACUAACCUGCACCAUCCAUCAAUCCAUCUCUUUACAGGCCCAGCAACAAACCACACAGACCACCCAACCGCUCGGAAUCUUUACAUUCACGCACUCGCCAGCCAUGUAGGCAGUCAGGCAGGUACAUAGGUCAGGCCGGGGCAGCCAGGCAGGCAGGCAGGCGGACAGUCAGGCGGGCAGGUAGGAAGAGAGCAUCAGUCAGCAAAAGACAGGAAGGCAUUUGAAUGGCCACACACCCCAGCCAACACUCACAUCCCUUCGGACAAUCCUUCAAUUGUGUUACCCCCUCUCCCCCAGCCGACAGCACACGACUAAGCUCAACUCAUUAGGCACAAAAUCAGCAUCAGUCAGUCAUCUAUCCAUUGAUUGAUUCGAUCGUAUCCUGAGCUAUUUAAGCAAGCAGCGUAGCUAGCUAUAGCUGUUCAUGGAUUAGGCGUUUGCAUGUGGGAUGUAUGUAUAUGGAUGGAUGUCUGUAUUUAUGUAUACGGACGCCAUGGGCAAGUAAGUACGCAGUUCGACAGGGAGACAGAGGGAGGGGAAGGAGGGAGGGAACGAACGGGCAGGUUAGGUAGGGCAAAACCAGGAAAAUUUCUCUACGGGACGCCAAUGCACUGGCACGGCCAAUGGGUAGCGUUACGAGCACCUGCACACAGACACACACACACACACACAUACAUACAGACGCAGUCAAGUGAGUGCGUGAGUGCGGCUCCCUACUUGAUGCAGAGAUCAAGUGCUGCGUCAUGGUGGACGAUCUGGGACAGGCAGCCGGCUAUCAGCUCAUGCUCCUGGACAGACAUAUCACGCACACAGACGGACAGCCCAUAUGUCAGUGCAGUCAGUCGUCACAUGUGGUAAUGUGGUCCGUCCCUUCACCGGACGGACGCAUACAUCCAUGGUCCGUACCUUUUGGAGCUGGGCGAUCUCGGGGCGCUCGACAAACUUGAGCGACUUAGUCCGGCAGUUGGGCAUGCCGCUGACACCACAGACAGACAGAGACCAGGCGUACCGACGACACAAACGAGCAAGGGAGACAUGAGUCCACAUGGUACGCAGAUCUGCACAGCCUGCCUGCCUGCUCGUUGUCUGUCUGUCUGUCUGUCUUGUCUGUAUCACCCACCUGGUGACAUGGAGAAUGGCUUCUCUCUCAUGCGCACUAUCACCGAAUGAGAUGACGUUACGACGGCACACCGAACUCCGCUCCGAGUAGAACUUCCCGAUCUCGCGAUCAAACGCCUUGGCCUGAGUGAAACACACACCAACACGGACGGCAUGGGAGAUCAUGUCCGUCGGUGUCCACCACCGCUGCCACGUCUGUCCCUGCCUCGCUCCUCCGUCCCUGUCUGUGUAUUUGUGUGCCGCUGUCUGCCUGCCUCUCUGCCUCUCUGGUGUUCGACAGGUGGGUAGGUGCCUCCCUCCCUCCUGUGGGUGCUGUGUCGUGUCGUGUUGCGUUGUGUUGUGUGUGAUGUGUCCCUCCCUCCCUCACCCCUGCAGGUACCUACCUUCCACUCGAAGGGUGACUGGAACCCCUCAGGCUCGAAUGUGCUCCUGGCGGAGAGGAUGCGGUACUGAGUGACUGAGUCGUAGAGGGAGGGCAUGAACUUGCGGCAGGAGAGUUCGAUCCAGCCCUGCUCGGCGUUGGUGAUGAUGACCACCGUGCCCAUGGACGCCGCCAGCUCCAGGGUGCGCUUGGCGCACUCCGCCAUCGAGUCCAGGUGCACCUGCAGGUCCUCGCUCACCACGCAGUCGUUGUCCAGCCGCAGCGACUUCUGCGUCAACCACGUGCUCGGCAUCAACGUGUCGUCCUGCACACACACCAACCCACACGCCAUACACAUCACGCCACACACCACACACCAUGCACCACACACCACACACCACACCACACCACGCGGCAAUUCCCAGCUGUGUUGGCCCCUCGGUGCCUCCCCUGUCCUGCCCUCCCUCCCUCCUGCUGACUGACUCACCCAGUCAAAAAUGAAAAUGGUGGAUUCUGGAGGGAAGCCUUCGGGGGACUUGUCAUCAACAUCCCCCGAACUGUGGUGGCCCUUCUCCAUAUCCAUAGGCACCGUGGAACUGCACACACACACGACACAGCCAAGGACAGGACAAGACACCGAGUGAGGGCAUUGGCUUCGUGUCUGUACUUCCACCGCUCCACAUCCCAGCCCCCGCCUGUCGUGUCUAUCUGCGUAUCAGUCACUGUCCCUCGUCCGUCCGUCCGUCCGUCCGUCCCACACGUGUCGUGUCAUCCCUCCCUCCCUCCCCUCCCCAUCCCACGUCAUCCCACCCCUACCGACCUGGUGGAUGCGUCAUCUUCGGCGUCGAGGAAAUCUUCGUCAUCGCCGCACCGCAGGUCGCUGGGAGGGGGGGAUGAGAGCGACUGCCCACCGUCUAACCCGCUGGGCAGGUCCGCCUCCGUGACGAUUUCAACGGGACUGAGAGACACAGCAACGCCAACACACACGACACACGGCGUCCGUCAACCUCUUCCCGGGUGGUCCUUGACGCCGCUUACGCGAUGGGGUUCGCACAGGUAGCCAUCGCACACGGAAGAGGACGCUCCACCAGAACCAGGUACUCGUAUCUCACUCACAAGGCGAUGUACUGACCACUAUCUCCACACGCCGUGCUGUGUGUUGCGGGGCCUGUGUGGCCUUGUCUUCCGGCGUGCGAGAUAGGAGCCGCUAGGGAAUCG